GAUAGGCUUUAAAGAGGUUUAGAUUUAUAGAGAGAGAGAGGAGAGAGAGCGAGAGAGAGGGAGCCAUUAGAGAGGCUCUUGAGAGGGAAAAAGUGAGCCAGGUGGGUCAGUCAUGGAUCGGAGGCUUUUGGUGCUUGCAGUCGCACUGAUUCUUACAGUUUCUCUGUCAUCAGUUAUCGCAAAAAAGUCUGGAGAUGUCACGGAGCUACGAAUUGGGGUGAAGUAUAAGCCACAAUCUUGUGAGAUUCAAGCUCACAAAGGUGAUAAAGUCAAAGUGCAUUACCGGGGAACACUUACAGAUGGAACUGUCUUUGACUCCAGCUAUGAAAGGGCUGACCCCAUAGAUUUUGAGCUUGGUGCUGGUCAAGUUAUCAAAGGUUGGGAUCAAGGUAUAUUGGGAAUGUGUGUGGGAGAGAAAAGGAAGCUUAAGAUACCUUCAAAGCUUGGUUAUGGGUCACAAGGAUCUCCUCCAAAAAUUCCAGCAAAGUUUGUGGCAUUUCCAAAUAUCAAGUGUGGUGCAUGUGUCACGGGUAGGCAACCUUUGUUCGAAUCGCCUGGGCCUCAUGAAGAGUUUAUGACACUUCUGUUGUUGAUGGCUAAACUCCUGACAGUUGACUUGUAUCACACCUUCAAGGAAAUGGGCAUUUUCAAGGUGGUGCAACUCUAAUAUUUGAGACAAAGCUUGUAUCAGUAAAUGGAAAAGGUGCUGUUGCAGACAGUGAAUUGUAGUGGAAUUUGAUUUCAAUGGACAUUGUUUAAGGUUGGUAAGAUUUCCAUGCUUUCAAUUACUCCUAAGUUUAGGGUACAACUUAUCUGUCAAACAAAACAUUGAAUUUGAGCACUUUGGAUAUGCAAUUUUUUUAUGUGCUAGAAAUGUUCUAAAACGAUCGGAGCAAGAAUUCUCGGGUAAUUCUCUACGUUGUCCUGAUUAAGGCAGGAUAUUAAUAACUAGAGAAGAACUUUGAUCA